AUGAUCCCACACAAGACCGCCCGCGGCGCUGCUGCCAUGGAGAGACUGAAGGUCUUUGAGGGCAUCCCAGAGCCCUAUGACAAGAAGAAGCGUGUCGUCGUUCCCCAAGCUCUCCGUGUCCUCCGCCUCAAGCCCGGCCGCAAAUACUGCACAGUCGGCCGACUAAGCCAUGAGGUUGGCUGGAAGUACCAGGACGUCGUCGCCAGAUUGGAAGAGAGGAGAAAAGUCAAGGGCGCUGCAUACUACGAGCGCAAGAAGGCCGCCCGGAGACAACUUCUCCAGGCCCAGAGAACCGCCAGUGUGGACAACAAGACCAAGGAGCAGUUGGCUCAGUACGGCUACUAG